AUGGGAAUCGACAGCCUCACCAGGGAGAAGAACUGGCGGCGACUUGGCAGAGGGUGCAGCGGAGCUGAGCUGGUCCCUGGCAAAUGGGCUUGCUGGGGGCCGUCUUUGCCCUGCGCUGAAGCCCUGCUCUGUGCCUUGGCCACGCAGCAGGAGGAGAAGCAGGAGCUGCAGGACACUGCCCUGGAGCUGCGCAGCGACAAUGUCGCCCUCAGCCAGCGCUGCUGCAGCAGCCGCCAGCAGCUGCAGGGCCUGCAGGAGCUGCUGCCACAGCUGGAGGAGAAACAGCGCUCGGCCCAGCUGCAGGAGCAGCUACGGGAGCAGGAGGAACGGGCAAAGGGGUCUCCAGGGGCUCUGUGCUGCAGCGGGAGUGCCAGUGGGUGCCAGCGCCGGUACCGGGGAGGGCAUGGGGGCUCUGAGCAGCAUGUGGUGGGACGGGAGACCCCCCUCCCUGCCGGUGGGCAGGGGUAUGUUGCGACGGGAGCGCCGGUGGCCAUGGAGGUGUGUGCUGGUCCAAGCCAGCCCUGUUGCCUGCAGCAAGCAGCAGACGGAGCAGGAGCCCCUGGAGGAGGGGUCUGUGUUGCCAGAGCUGCUGGAAGCCCAGCUGGUAAGGGGGAGAGGCAGCGCCAAGGGCAGUCCCGGACGGCCCGCUGGUGGCACCUCGCUGGGGAGAGGGCCAGCACACAGCCCCAUGCAGCCGCGCACAUGUGCCCGCUCUCUGUUGCCCUGCAGGAGAGGGAGGAGCUGGCCAAGAGAUGCGGCCUCACUACCUGGCUGAAGAGACUCUGCGUGCUCUUUGUCUGCCUGGAGCUGCUGGUCAUCUGCGUGCUGGGCGCCGUGGUGCUCUAUGCCUCCCAGUGCGAGCGGGAGCUGCUCUACCGGCUGCUGCUGUGGCUCUUGCCCGAGCAGAGCUACGCCCGCCUGGCGUACUUGCUGGCAGAGAGCCUGGCCGUGUGCAGCGAGGGGCUGCUGCCCUUCUGA